AUGUCUGUGGCUCAGCUCUCCAUCGAGGACAACAAUCGAGAGUCCAAAAAAGCCAGGAAAGGGGCCUCGCUUGUGUUGGGAUUCUCGGACGAAGAUAAGAUCGGAACCAUCCAACCCCACGACGACGCUCUAGUAGUUACACUCAGGAUCGGGGGGUUUGAUGUGAAGAGAGUACUGGUAGAUCAGGGUAGUGCUGUGGAAGUAAUGUACCCCGACCUAUACAAGGGGCUGAAUUUAAAAUCCGAAGACCUAACGGCGUACGAUUCCCCUUUAGUAAGUUUCGAGGGGAAGAUCGUUACUCCAAGGGGCCAGAUCAAACUGCCCAUACAAACCGGUUCAGACAUGGUGGAGGUAGAUUUCAUUGUGGUCGAUGCCUAUUCACCUUACACAGCUAUUGUGGCGCGACCUUGGCUUCAUGCCCUAGGGGCUGUCUCUUCUACACUUCACCAGAAGGUGAAAUACCCUUCAAAAGGCCGGGUUGAAGAGAUUGUGGGAAAUCAAACCAUGGCCAGACAAUGCAUGGUGGCUGCCAUCUCACGCCAACCCAAGAAGUUCUUUCAAGUCGGCUCAAAACUACCUCCCCAAGAGAAAGAAGAACUGAUUGGGUUUUUCAGAGAAAAUGUGGAAGUGUUUGCGUGGGACGCCUACGUGGCCCCAGGGAUUGAUCCGAGCUUCAUCUGCCACCACCUAAACGUUAACCCAUCCGUCAUUCCCAAAAACCAACCACCCCGAUGCCAGUCAAAAGAGCAUGCCAACGCUGUUAGGGAUGAAGUAACGAAGCUCAAAAAAGCAGGGGCUAUCAAAGAGGUCUUCUACCCUGAGUGGUUAGCUAAUACUGUAGUGGUAAAGAAGAAGAGUGGGAAAUGGCGAAUUUGCGUAGAUUUCACAGACUUGAACAAGGCGUGCCCAAAAGACCCGUUUCCAAUGCCUUGGAUAGACCAAUCAAUGGAUGCAACUGUAGGCCAUCCUCGAAUGAGCUUCUUUGAUGCAUUUCAAGGCUAUCAUCAAAUACCACUAGCCCCGGGUGAUCAGGAAAAAAUGGCAUUCGUGACUCCUAUUGGGAAUUACCACUACAAAGUGAUGCCCUUUGGUUUGAAGAACGCAGGGUCUACCUACUAG